AUGGCCGUCUUCAGCCAUCAACGUCAUCACUGGGCAUAUGUCUGGGUGCCAUAUGUCGGAGCAUUCGUCUGGUGCGGCAUGCUUGUAGCAAUGAUCACCGUCUAUUACGCGAGGGGCGGUCAUCCAUACCCUUGGCAGGACUCUCGUACUCCGUACAUAUCCGACAUAGGCGCCUCCUUCCUCCAACCAUUAUUCAUCGCCGGAAGCUCCGUCACCGCUGCAUCCUUUGUGGCUGUCCUCGUCAUCGAGCGUCUAUUGCGCCAUACAGGGCGAUUGCACGCCGAUCUGCGUCGCCGUGAGAAGGUCUUCUCCUACCUCGCCAUCCUGGGGUCUGUCAUCGGCGGCUUGGGACUCAUUCUGCUCAGCUGCUUUAACGACAACUCCUUCGAUAGGGAGCAUGACUCCUUCCUAGCCGUUUUCAUCAUCGGUGUCGCACUAAGUGCUAUCUUCAUCAUUGUCGAGUACCGCUGGCUCAGCCACAAUUGCCCUGACCAUCAGAAGCUGCGGGUAGCAUACGUUAUAAAGGGCGUCAUUGCAGGCAUCCUCAUCCUUCUCGCCAUUGCGUACGCUGCUUGCUUCAAGACCGUUACCAACGUCGGAGCUAUCCUCGAGUGGAUCAUCGCCUUCGGCUUCACGUUCUACAUCCUGAGCUUCGCCUAUGACCUUCGCCUAUCCAAGGGCGUGCACAAGUUCGAGCUGUCCGCUGUAGAGAGACUCGUGCCCGGGGAUGAGCCGUCUUCGAUGCGGCAGUAUCGUCAUGGAUAUUAG